GAAAUUUUUGAUCGCCCUUAUAAAGUUAUCCAAGGUGGUUACGUUUUCUUUUGGGCUUCAGACAGGUUUUGCUUCAACACGCACUCAAAUUCACGUCUUAGAAGUUGGAAUUAGCAGUCCUGUUCUUGUAUAGUACCAGAAGUAUCUAUCGUUCAAAUGGAGAGUUGGUUAGUUAUAACUGUUAUCUUGAUAGCUGCCUUUGCGGCUUGCAACGGUCACAAACAAAAACACCAAGAUGAUGAAAACCAUUCUCGAAGAUCCUUUCUUUUUAAGGAUGGAAAGCCUAUGUACUGCUUGGGUGCGCCUGGACCACCAGGACCCCCCGGUCCCCCCGGACCGAGUGGAGGACAGGGAGUUCCCGGUCGUGAUGGAAGAGACGGACGCGACUGUCCUCCGUGUAACUGCGGAUCACCUCARCCGACUGUAAUUCCAACGACAAGUGAGCCUUGUGAAAAGUGUAGCGGCGUGGAUCCUACAAAACCUCACGAACCUCACCAUACAUGUAAUCAUCAUCCUCAUCAUACCUAUCCUCCUACUACCGCACCGUGCAGUGGGUUAGGAUCCAGGAGUCAUCCAGCUACUUCUUGUGAUGCUCUUAUGAAGGCAGACCCUUCUGCAAAAACCGGUACUUACUGGCUGGCCGCCACGCCACCCUACAAGACACACUGCGAGAUGCUUUCAUCACACUGCUCCAGUCAAAACUCAGGAGGCUGGACCCUAGUUGCACGUGCCGCUGGCUUGUCGUCAGAUUUCGCGCCAAACAGUCAACGAUGGUAUGACGACCUGGUGAUAAACGCGAACUCAGCAGCAGACCUGAAAGAUCCUUCGUCCAUGAAGAAUGCCGGCUGGUUCAAUCUUCCUAAUAAUGCAAUCAGAGUUUGUUUCAGUGGACCGAAUAGCCACUGCGCAACGUUUACACAUAACAGAGGUUUAACUUUGUCGACUUUCUUUGCGACACAGUUUGCUGUACAGACCACCGAGUCUUAUACCUUUGAAAAUCUGAUGCUAACCUUUGGAAAACACUUGGAUCUGGGACACCUUAAAACGGAAUGGUGCGGGCUGAACCUUGGCAACCUUUGUGACCUUGAAUCCAACCCGAACCUUAACCCAGGCACACACAUCGUCCGUAUUGGAUGCAUCGGCGACACGAGUGUUCCACGAAGUCCUGCCGGAUGUAAUCCCGAUGACUACGCGAUUGGAAUCGGUGUGUCUAGUUGCAACGACCCCAAGGGAUGCCACAACACCCUUGGGGUUACCAAAAGUCUUCACUUCAGCUCGUAUAAGAAUCAUUUUGGUGAUUACGCGCAAACUGCUUACAUAUAUGUCAAGUAGAGAAAGGAUUGUUGAAAAACAAAUGAACUCAAGACUAUCGCUUUCCGAAUAAAGCAAUGAGACAUCUGCCAAUAGGUGUGGCACAAUCACCUUCCUGCUUGCAUUGGACGUAAAGUUUUCCCAUUCCAGACCACGUGUCAUUUCCUAGAGAAUCAUUUGUUGAACGGUCCAACAUUCAACACAACUCAAACUAAGAAUCUUCUUCUCAAGAGAAUGACACGUGGUCUGAAAUGAAAAAAACAUUACGCCCAAGGUAAAGAGGUCUAUUUUUAAAAUAUUUUUAGGCCUCAAAAUUCACUGCAAUGAGCCUGAAGCGAGAUGACGUUUUACCCCCGACUCUAUACCAUAAUAGUUUUUGAAAUUCUU